AUAAGUUUUUAUCCUUAAAUAUUCAUUUCAUUGAGUUAAGUAGGUUAGGCAGAAAACCAGAAUCUGGUUUGCUCGGUUGCAUGACGGAGGAAAAACAGGGAAAGAAGGAGGUUCUGCAACCCAGAAGCAGCAGCAAGUUUAAGAAGGCUUUGGGAGGAGUUUUUGUUAACUUAAGGCUGCAGGAAGGUAGAAAUUAACUACAGGCAGCAUACACAUUUUGGGAGCCUAGGAAGCACCUGUUAAUCCAAGUGCAGGCCUAGAGCCAACCCUGUUUGUACAUAGAACUAUAUUAGCAUGUAAAUCAUACAAGGACUGGACUCUUUCCUUUUGUUUGUCAUAAUCUAAACUGUCCAAGUCUUAUGUGUUUUCUACUUUUAUUUAUAUAUAUAUAUAUAUAUUUAUUUAUUUAAGCCCCAAACUCGUUUAUGUUCUGCUAUGGGAAUUCAUAUAAUCAGCAGCUUCUCAAUGUGGGGAAAUGUUUUAAUGAAAUAAAUAACAUGUUUCCAA